UGCGGCAGGUGAGGGGUUAAGUGCAGGCUCUGCUGUUCUGGAUUUUCUUGGUUUCGCAGUGAGCUGUUUGAUGUUUGAAUGCACAGGGGACUCCCCCGCCUCUCAACCCUCGCUCCCUCCUCCUUUGCUCUCUCUCUUCCUCCCCGCCCCACGCGCGCACACAGACACACACACCCAGAGACACACACACACACACUCACACCCUUUGCGGACCAAAGGCAUUCAUUCAGCGCCUUCGUCUAAUGGCACCAAGUGACUCGCAGCUUUGCGUGCUGCUCCUUCUCCGUUUAAGCCGAGGGCACAGCAUGCAGCUCCUCCGAUGGAGCCCUCUUAAAUAGCUCCGCACAGGGGAGCCUGGCAAAAGGAAGAACCACGGAGAAAAGGCAAGUGCCGGGAAGGGAAGAAGCAGCAGCAGCAGCAGCAGCAGAGGGGCUGGGAGCAGAGCUGUCAGCGUAGCCGCUCCUGGGCUUGCCGGCAACACAUGCUCUGCUCGAUGGCGAACUCCGGCUGCCUCCUGGUCUCCAACUCAGCCCUGCUCCCGCACUCUCUUCCUUGUCCCCCAGCCUUCCUCUACCUCCAGCAGGGCAACCAGGACGCCACGGCUCCGCCUGACGCAAUGGCCCAGCCCUACCCUCCAGCCACAUAUCCACCGCCCCCACAGAAUGGCAUCCCUGCAGAGUACGCUCCUCCGCCACACCCACACCCAGCACAGGAUUACUCAGGGCAGAGCACAGUACCUGAGCAUGCCUUGACUCUCUAUACGCCAGCACAGAGCCACACCGAACAGCCGGGCACUGACGCCAGCACGCAGUCCAUAGCAGGCACACAAACAGUACCGCAGACAGAUGAAGUGGCACAGACAGACAGCCAGACGCUACACCCGCCGGAGAGUGGCUCCGAUAAGCAGCAGCCCAAACGGCUACAUGUUUCCAACAUCCCUUUUCGUUUUCGGGACCCUGACCUGCGGCAAAUGUUUGGGCAAUUUGGAAAGAUCCUGGAUGUUGAGAUCAUUUUCAAUGAACGUGGCUCGAAGGGUUUUGGGUUUGUAACUUUUGAAACUAGUGCAGAUGCCGAUCGGGCACGGGAGAAGCUGAACGGCACCAUCGUAGAAGGACGCAAAAUUGAGGUCAACAAUGCCACAGCACGGGUAAUGACAAACAAGAAGGCGGCCAAUCCCUACACAAAUGGUUGGAAGCUGAACCCUGUAGUGGGCACUGUCUAUGGCCCUGAGUUCUAUGCAGUGACAGGUUUCCCAUACCCAGCCACAGGAACAGCAGUAGCAUACCGAGGGGCACACUUGCGGGGAAGGGGCCGCACAGUGUACAACACAUUUCGGGCAGCUCCUCCACCACCUCCCAUCCCCACUUAUGGAGCGACACUUUUCUCGGAGCAAGCCCCAUUGAAAGUGGUUUACCAGGAUGGAUUCUACGGUGCUGAAAUUUACGGGGGUUACGCAGCCUACAGAUAUGCCCAGCCUGCAGCGGCGGCGGCAGCUUACAGCGACAGGGUUGGCAACUCUGCGACCCCCCAGUUUCUAACGCUGCCCCCUGUGUUCGCUCCUAGUUACGGCAGAGUUUAUGCAGCCGCAGAUCCUUACCAUCACACCAUCGGCCCUGCUGCCACCUACAGCAUUGGCACCAUGUGAAACCUUCAGCUGUUUCCUUCUGGGACCAGGAAGGGCACACACAAAAAAAAUUUUUUUAAAGCAAAGCAACAAAACAAUUACAAAACUAACGAGCCGAGCGACUGAGUGAAAGCCCCCUUCUGUCCACACACGCGCCCCGAGCGACAGGCCAUCCGGAGCGCAGGCACCGACCGACCGACCCAGCUGGACGGAGGGACAGCAGCUGCCCACAGACUCUGACAAAGCCGUCCACGCCAGGAGACCCACGCCUCGUUCCCUCGCUGCAGACCACGGGGUCAGGAGGGGCAGGCGCUGACACAGACUGGAUUCUGCAGGGCCCCAGGCCACCAUGUCUUCCUUCCAGCCCUCCUGAAGAACUGCGGCUGACCCGCGCUGCAGAUUACGCCACGAGUGCACCUGCAGGGCUAGCAAUCCUGCUUCUUGCUUCCCGGAACCUCCCAGUGCUUUUUGUGCUUUGCUGGUUCAUCCAUUUGUCAAGUCGGCAAGGCCUUGGCAUCCCGGGCCAGGCAGGGCAGGGCCACGCCAGGAGCUCUUGGGAGCAGCCACCCUGUUCCACUGGGGAGGGAUCUGGGGUUUCAGGGGGAUUUUAUUUAUUUUUGCUUUGAAGAGAUUGCACUUUCCCCUCCACCUGAGCCUCCCAGCUCCCUCCUGCUCCAGAAAGAGUCAGACUUUCCACCCUCCUUUGCCCUCCUUGUUGUAGGCUUGGCUGGUCUCAGCCUGGCUUGUAGAACCAAGAGCCACCUGAGAGCAUCCCUGUUUUUCCCCUGGUACCCCAGAUCUGCCAGGGAGCUCUGACCCUGCCCUCAAGGCCUGAGAAAGGCCACCUGCUCUUUUCACAGUUCCUGGGGCAAGCACAUACUUAAUGACUGCAUGGCCAAGCUGGGGGGAAGAGUCAGGGCCCCGUGGCGGCAGCAGGAAGCGAGAAAGGCCAGGGCACCAAGGGAAAGCUCUUUGCUGCACAAACUAGGCAAACGUCCGCUAGCCCAAGCCCCCACUCAUCAGCGUCCUUCCUGCCAUGGGCUUCAGUGGGCAGAGUGCAUGUCCUAUGGCCCGUUCCCCCCCCCCCCACUUACCCCAGAGCCAGAUGGACUCAGGGCCUCCCCCAUGCCCCUGACCCCACCUCGGCUUUUCUCAUCUCAUGAAACCUCACUUUCUAUUCAGCAUUAAAGCUCCUGACACGCCAGCAACCAGAUGAUCCUCCUUUUCUAUUCUCGUUGUACAUAGCCCCCUCCUCUCCUCUCCCAGCCCCGCCCUUGUAUAAAGCUCCUCCCAUUUGCUGCCUAGACUCCCACCUUGGGAGCAUCGGCCAUCCGCCCCAUUCGGUAUGCUUCUAAGGUGUUACCAUUCAAAUAAACAGUAUUAUUAUUAUUUAUUGAUUAUUAAUAUUAUUAAUAAAGGUUUCUUUCUUCAACAA